GAACAUUACCACACUGUGACGACACGCUAUACGUCGCGUUUGCGUCAUCAUAACGUGAACAGCGCUCAAACGGGGAGGACGUGGGAUGAAAGAGUGUUUAGUGCUUCAUUAGAAACAUUAUAUUUUUUUUCAAAUGUUUCUAAUAUCGAAAUUAUAAGUACAAAGUAAUAGGAUAGGGUUUUUCGUCGGUCGGCCGCCAUCAUGGCGUCGGACGAACAGUUUUCGCUAUGUUGGAACAAUUUCCAUGCGAAUAUGUCAGCAGGCUUUCAUGGCCUGCUGUCGCGUGGAGACUUAGUAGAUGUAACACUGGCUGCUGAAGGCAGAAUAUUACAGGCACACAAAUUAGUUUUAUCAGUAUGUUCUCCCUAUUUUCAAGAAAUGUUCAAAAUGAACCCCACUCAUCAUCCCAUAGUAUUUUUAAAAGAUGUUAGUCAUUCAGCGCUUAGGGACUUAUUACAGUUUAUGUAUCAAGGUGAAGUUAAUGUUAAGCAAGAAGAAUUAGCGUCGUUUAUUAGUACCGCGGAACAACUUCAAGUUAAAGGUUUAACCGGUAAUCAAAAUGAAGAAAGUUCCACGCCAUCCAAACCAAAGCCGACAUCGAGGCCAGGCCCGAGGUCGUCACAACAAAGGCAAUCUGUUAUGACUAAGUUAGAGACUGAUUUAGAUUCUAAGCCCUCCUCAACUCCAGUAGCAAUUAAGAGACCAAAUAGGCCAUCAAUAGCAUCAAAUAAUUCGUCAUCAUCUCAAAGUGGACCCGCGAAACGAAAAUGUGUAGACCCAUUAGAAGCCGGACCGUCAGGAUCAGCGAAAGAUGAAUUUGUAACGAUACCCGACGAAGAUGAAAAUAACGCCGUGGCCCCGAAAAUGGAACCUGAAUUUGUUAAUGAAAGUAUGUGGGAUGAAGAUGACGAUGGCACGAAUAACGAUGAAACUAAUUUCGGCGAAGACGACUCGAAUAUGGAAAUGACCGGCUUUGAUGGUUCAACGACAGGCGAUGGUAAUAUUACUGGAGGUGGGGAAGGUGGCGCUGUGGGUGACGCACAAGAACAGAUACCAGAAUGGCUGCCUAUAUAUUUUGUAAAAAACACUGAAAAGGAGUACAGAUGUAAUUUAUGCGAAGCUCUCAUUGCAACAGAUGAAAAAUCACUAGAACUAUUGGAGCAUAUAAAGAGUAUUCAUAAAGAAAUACACGAUCUCCACAAAGGCAACCCGGAGUCAACGGUUGGUUUUCAAAUUGAAUUUCUACAAUUUAGUAUGUUAAAAGAUGAUAAAACUCAGCCUGUGAUACUAGAAGAGGUCUGUGAGGAGGCAACGGAUGAAAUUGUCAAAACCGAGAAGACGGAUAAGGAUCAAUUAGGGAUGCAGUAUGUCCUCGUGCCAAGGAAGAAAAAAAUGAAACGGACUUAUGAAUUUAGUCGAAAACGUAGCUGGGUGUGGAAAUAUUUUGAACGCUUAACCAGCAUUAUUUAUCGUUGCAAUCUUUGUAACGUUGUGUUAUCUAUAAAGGGUUGCAACACCAACAACAUGAAUAGACACGUCAGAACAAGGCACCCCAGUAUAUACAAGUCUGAAGUGGAAAAGAAGAAGGACUUGACUGACAUCGAUCAGCUCGACGUGAGCUGGAAGAAAGACGAAGAGAGUGAUAAGGAUCUUGAUGAAUCUCUUGGUGAGUCUAAUGAUAUGAUAAAGCAGCGACGUAGCUGGAUAUGGUCAUACUUCCGACGGGUUUCCAACACCCUGGCGCAGUGCAAGCUCUGCAACCGGAACAUCUGUCACGGCGGCAACGCCACCGGCAACAUGAACCGACAUCUCAAGAUGAUCCACAAUAAGACUGCUGAUGACAAUAACUGGGUUUGGAAAGUAUUCGAGAACGCCGAAGACGACUUCUUCUCGUGUAAGAUAUGUCAAUACAAAUGCAUGAAAUUCGACGACGUCGAAAAAAGUAUUAAAUGCAUUUUACUUCAUCUUAAAAACGAACAUGGCGUGGUUUCCGGCGACCAGAUCAUCACGGGCACGGAGUAUGAGGUGGAAAAUGCUGAAUGAUGAUUAUAACAAUUUAAACUUUAAUUUGAAGGCGGUAAGGUUUUAUAUAUUUUGUUUAGAUUUAAACGCUAUCGUACCUUUUUCAAUGUCUCUUCGGUUGCGUAUCAGUUGGGCCGAGGCUCGAGCUGACUGGGAGACCCCGACAUUUCGCUUUUAUUAUCAUUUUGACUGUUGCUGCGGAUAUUGAUGCUGCGGACACACUACGCUAAUACAAUCAAAGCAAAAUGUGUCGAAAAUAAAAAAAAAAUGUAUGAUCGCAAUUAUAACUGAAUGAAAUAUAAAACGGCGAGGUAUUUUCUCGGAUGAAACUUGAAACAUUAUUUAAGUUGUUUUAUUUUAAAUAUAUUAAAAGUAUAGUUUUAUAUAAUUAUAACAUAAGAUCAAAUGUAAACGUCUUUAUUCUAUGUGCAAUAAAGAGGUGAUUUUUAGUGUUCAUAUCCAAUAAAUUCGGUGCACAUAGUUAUUGUAAUAUAAUGGGUUAUUGGAGGAGAAUUUUUGAAAAUAAAAACUAUUUUAAGUUUGA